AUGGCGCAACCAUUGGGGAAGCUCGACCUCGAAGAGCGCGUCUCGUACAUCGCCUCGGUCACGCCGCACGACGCCGAGAAAGACGGGUACGCCGACGUCAAGACGCCUGGCGAGCUCGAAGACGGUGCGCUUGUCGAGGGCGGGGCGCUGCACCUCUUCUCGCGCGAAGCGUUUGGUCUCUUUUCGCAGUACGGUGCGAUCGGCAUCAUCUACGGCAUGAUCCCGUAUCUCUCGUAUGCGCUGUACACCAACUACCUCGGCAUGGAAGGGUACCAGACCGCGUCGUACGGUGUGCUCGUCACCACGGGCUGGUCGUUCAAGGUGUUCUGGGGCAUGCUCUCGGACUGCUUUCCCAUCUUUGGCUACCGUCGCAAGUCGUGGAUGCUCAUCGGGUGGACCAUCACGAUGCUCUGCUUGGCCAUCAUGACGUUUUCGCCGUUCGGUGCGCCGUACUGCGACCGCCGCCUCACCAAAGACCUCUGCAACCUCCCGAUCGAAAACGUCAAACCCUCGGACGUCGCCUUGUACUUUGACUUGGACGCGCCGAACCGCGGCUCGCUCUUCAUUCUGCUCUCGAUGUUUGUGUCGUUCGGCUACGUCAUUGCGGCCUGCGCGUCCGACGCCAUGGUCGUCGAGUACGCCCAGCGCGAGCCGAUCGCGAUCCGCGGCCGCGUCCAAACCGCGAUUUACACGGUCCGCACGCUCACGGGGAUUCUCUCGCAGCUCGUGAUUGCGUUCUUUCUCAACGGCAAAGAGUACGGCGGCACGUUCACGUUCUCGGUCGGCCCCAACGUCAUUUUCGGCAUCUGUCUCGUCCCGUGCGUCUUUGUGGUGCUGACCACCAUCUUUGUCGUCGUCGAGAAGAAGACGCCGCGGACGCCGCUAAGCGAGUGGAUCUCUCAGUUCUGGACCCUCCUCCAGCAGCGCGUCAUGUGGCAGAUCUGCGCGUUCCGCUUCAUUAGCAACUGCUUCUCGGGCAUUGGUGCGACGCCCGGGAGCCCGAUCCAGAGCGUCUGGGCCAAAGUCGAGCCGCUCAACGACUCGCUCUCUGGUGUCCUUGGCAGCUUGAUCUAUGCCGGUAUUCUCGUCGUCGUCGGCAAGUGGGGUCUCAACUGGAACUGGCGCUACACGAUCGCGGCUGGCGCGCUCGGUGUCAUUUUCAUUGACGGCUUUGUGCUUUUCAUCACGAUCUGGGACGUCUUCCGCAACCAGUGGUUCUUUACCGGUGUCGCGCUCGCCGACAACGUCCCCGCCGGUGUCCGCUUCAUCGUCUCGACGUACUGCGCCGUCGAGAUUGCCGACAUUGGCAACGAAGGCGCCACGUAUGGCCUCGUCACGACGAUCUCCAACCUUGCGGGUCCAUUUGCGUCCGUCAUCUACAAGUACAUCGACUCGUUCUUCAAGGUGUCGUUCAACGACAUCAAGAAGGACACGACUGAAAUUCGCUGGGAAGUGACGUACUGCUAUUUCAUCUCGUUUGGCUGCAAGAUCGCGGCGCUCGGCUGGCUCUGGAUGCUCCCGCCGCAGAAGGCGCAGAUGCAAGAACUCAAGAAGCGCGGCGGCAAGAGCAAACUCGCGGGUGCCCUCCUCGUUGUUGUCUUUUUUGGCGCGCUUUCGUUCGCGAUGACGAGCAACAUCAUGGCCAUUCUGCCGUCGACCAAGUGCUACCGCAUCGCCGGUGGCAAGGGCACGGUCAAUGGCUCGUGCAUCGUCAAGAAGUAA